GCAGACUCAGCCUAAGCAGCGGGAGAGGAGAAUGCGACGCGCGGGUCUGGCCGGGCUGGGCUCCGUGGCCGUGCUCUGGCUGCUGGCUUUGGCUGCGCUGCUGGGGCUGUGGAGCCAGCGGCUCGCGGAGCCGGGAGCGAGCUUCCCACAAGAGCGAGCCGGCUCGAGGCGGGCGGCUGAAGCGCCGGUGGAGUCCAGGGGGCGCCUGGGUCUCGCCGCCCCGAAAACUUUCCGAGCGCUGCUCACGCUGCCGGGACAGCCCCCGGACGGCCCGAGCGAGAGCGAGAGCGGGCAGGAGCCGCCAGCGAUGGGCGGUUUGGAGCAGCUUCCCGCUUCCUCGGCGCCGCCGGUGCGCGGGGGGAUCUUCUGGAGCGGCGCGCUGGAGGCUCAGGUGCCGCCGGGCUUCUCGGCGGAGGCGGCGGCCUCGUGGCUGCGGGGGGCGCGGGAGGCGCGCGUGGUGUCCCUGGAGCGGGGCGGCUGCGGGCGCAGCUCCAACCGGCUGGCGCGGCUGUCGGACGGGAGGCGCGCCUGCGUGCGCUACGGUAUCAACCCGGAGCAGAUCCAGGGCGAGGCGCUCUCCUACCACCUGGCCGAGCUGCUGGGCAUUCAGGAGCGCCUGCCGCCGCUGGCGCUCUCGCUGGUGGAGACGCGCGGCGGGCAGUGGGCGCAAGUGCGCGACGAGCUGCGCGGCUCCCAUUGGGCGGAGGGCGCGGUGGUGAGCGUGGCGCAGUGGGUGGACAACCUGACCGAGGUGGUGGCCCCCGCCCCGUGGCGCGCCGAGGCCGGCCGGCGCCUGCAGCCCCUGGCGGCUGGGGAGUUGCGCGGCCUGGCGCCGGCCCAGCUGGCGGAGCUGGUGCAGUGGAGCGACCUGAUCCUCUUCGACUACCUGACGGCCAACUUCGACCGGCUGGUCAGCAACCUCUUCAGCCUGCAGUGGGACCCGCGCGUGAUGCACCGCGCCACCAGCAACCUUCUCCGCGCCCCCAACGGCGGCCUCGUCUUCCUCGACAACGAAGCCGGCCUCGGCCACGGCUACCGGCUGCUGGCCAUGUGGGACAAGUACAACGAGCCCUUGCUGCGCUCCGUCUGCCUCUUCCGCGAGGCCACCGCCCAGCGGCUGCGGGAGCUGCACCGCCUGCGCAACGCCGCCGCCGAGCUGCGCCGCCUCUACCGGACUCGGGAGCCGCUGGCCGAGACGCUGGGCUUCCUCUCCGACCAGCAAGCCCAGCUGCUGCAGGACCGCGUGGACUUGGUCCACAAGCACAUCUUGCACUGCAAAGCCAAGGCCGCCUCGCUGUGACCCCCCGGCACCCACCGGAAGAGUGUCCUAGCC